CCACCGCCCCAAGCCGAUAAAUCAACUCUAUCUUCCUUUUCAUUUUUCAUUCUAUCAAAAAUCCAAAAGCUUUCCUUUGGGAAAUUAUUAGUUCAAGAUUCUUGACUUUCUAGACACCCUUUUACUGAUUAUUUCCAAUGACAGAAGCUACAACCUGUGAGUUUUAUCACAAAAACAACCCAAAAAUUACCACUACUAGUACUGAAGAACUAGAAGAUGGGUUGCCCUCUUAUGGUGAUGAAGAUGAUAAAGGUGGGAUCUUUGAAGAUGGGUUUGCUGAGAAAGUGAAAAAGAAACAGGGAAUUUGUGAAACGGGUCGGUUUAAAGAUCCAUUAGUUGUUGACGGGUCAGAAGAUGGGUUAUCCGGGUUGUGUUCUUAUGGUGAUGAAGAUGAUGAUAAAGGUGGAAUCCUGGAAAAUGGGUUUGCUGAGAAAGUGAAGGAGAAGAAACAGAGAAUUCUUGAAACGGGUCGGGUUAGAGAUCCACUAGUUGUUUUCGGGUCAGAUAUUAUGUUGUUGAUUUUGAGCUGUCUUGACGCACGCAGCGUGGCACUGUCUCUACUUGUGUCUCCUGAAUGGCGUGCUGUUGCUUCUUCUGAUAAAAUUUGGAGCUCCAAGUGUGAAGAAUUGUGGCAUGGCAAAGCACAUUUACCUCGGGUAGCAAAAGAGAAGGGAUUGUCUAAGUUGGCUGCUUACUCAUUGUCCGUUAUGGAUGGUAAAAGGAAGCGAGUAACAAAGGAGGAUUUGUGUGAUCAUGCGUGGGAGUUCCAUUUCACCGAGGCAGCUCCUGAGUAUUGGCGAAUGCUCGAUCCCUACUGGAAUGGAACAGGACCUCCCCUGCGCCGUUAUUUCCUUCCAGAUGGAAGUCAGACUGCAGAACCACGUGACAAAAUAUGGGGUGGUCAUGAAUCUUGCUUCUCCAUAGUAACUAGCUUGCUUGCAGAUGGGAAAAUGAGACGACACUAUGUGAGGAUUAACCGUUGGCCCCCGAUGUAUGUGACAAGGAAGGAAGAUUGGAGCUGGGAGAUCUCUAACAACUUUUGUACCUACAGGAGCAUCCCAGAUGCUGCUAAAGAAGAUGGGACAGGACCUUUCUUUCUACUUUACGAAUGCAGUAUGUAGUGUGUGAUUAUAAUGCAGUAUGUAGUGUGCGAUUAUUUGAAGCCAAACUAUGGAAAUGCUUGCUUUGUCUUCUGUAAUUUCGAUCGAGUUUGUGUUUCUAGAUGCAUUUUGGAACAAUCUAAGGCUGUGAAUGGAAGAUUACCAGUCCUUUUGUAAUAUGUCUCUGUUUUGGGAUCUGUAAACCACAUUUUCUUGAUAUUUAAGUCUUCCAAGUUCUAAUUC